AUGAAAAGGAGCUUGGUUCAUUUGAGUUCGCGACAUAGGUCUUCUCGAGCCAAGCCCGCCAGGGCCAAAGUCCUAACGGACAAGUGCCUGCAGCAGCAUUUCAGCCACUCCCCAGCCGCGCCUCGCUGCUACCCUCCUGCUCCCCUGCUUCCACCUCAGGCUUCCCCACCCGCGAGGAUCCAUCGCACUCACUCACCGACACUGAAACCAGAGUCAAGCUUUCCGCGGCAGCAGCGGCUCCGGCCGGAAGGCCCUCUGGGCGUCCCGGAAGGACAUCCUGAGACAGUCUUCCUUUCUCACUGCCCCCGCGACUGGGAUGACAGACCCCGGAAUUCCCUCAAAUCCCAUCUCUCCUGUCCCACUUUCGGCACUCGAGCCUGUUCGCUCCGUGAGUUCUCAACAUCCGAAUGGCAAACGGGUUGUGAAGUUGUAGUACAGCUCAUCUGUCGGAGUACCCAGCGCAGGGAUCCCGCCUGGAUUAUUAGGGACCGGAUCCUUUGCUUACCCGUCAUAUAUCAUAACAGAGAAUAUUUACCUGAUGGAGAUUUACAGGAACAUCGAUACCUGACCAUGACCGGACCUCCAGAACAAAGACACCAGGAAGUUUGCAACAACUAACGUCGUGCCUCUCUCACCUUUCCUAUAAAAGGGCUUUGCUGAAAGCUUUUGGGGAGUUUCCCUGAUGGGUCAGCUCGUAAAGAAUCCGCCUGUAAUAUGGAAGACCUGAGUUCAAUCCCUGGGUUGGAAAGAUCCCCUGGAGAACAGAAUGGCAACCCACCCCAGUAUUCUAGCGUGGAGAAUCCCAUGGACAGAGCCGCUUGGUGGGCUACAGCCCAUGCGGUCACAAAAUGUUGGGACAUGACUGAGCGAUUUUUACUUUUGGGGAGUUUGGGGGUUUUAAGACAUGAGUCACCCACCUCCUUGCAUGGCCCUGCAAUAAACUUCUCUGUUCCAAACUCCCA